UUUAGAUGUCGCAUUAAUACACUUGAAUCUACAAACACAAAAUUAAAAUGAGUUUUAAGCUUCCUAUAAAUUUAAUGCUGAUGGUUUUAAAACACUUAAAUAUACUUCAAAAUAUUGGCACAAAUUGUAACAAAAGAGCAAGAAUAAUUUUAAUGGUAACUACAUAUAUAAUAGUUUAAUGUUAAAUAUUUUGAAAAAUAGUUCAAUGGUUUACAAUUAAUAAAAUAUCAGUUAAAUAAAAUGAAGAUCAUAUCAUUACAAUUAUUAAUUAUAAUGAAAUUGAUAUACAUUAUAUCAGCUUGUGAUUCGUAUAAUGGACAACAUUUAUUAAACUUUGAAUUGCCAAGAAUUCUUCUUCAUAAUUGUUUUCACGUUCAAAAUGUUGGAUUACACUUAAUUGAAGAAAAUGGUAGAGUUAACGAUGAUUUUACUAUAUCGACUUUUAAUAACAUUCAGUUACUCUUGAAAUAUGAAAACUCUUUGAACGAAUAUAUUGAAAAAAUUGGAGUUAAAUUAUGUAUGAAGCAAUGGAACGAUGAGGAAUGUCUAAAUAGAUCUAAAGUGUGUUCUGUAGGAUUACUAAAAUACCUUAAAAAAAAUCCAACUUUUCUUCCAUAUACAGUAGAGAAAGAAUAUUUCAAUUUUCUUGACAUAUCCUGUAGCAAUGACGAAUCAAUUGGAAAGAUUUCCUCUUUAGAAGAUAUCCAAUAUUUUGAGGGUUGUCAACAUGUAAUUUACUCGAUAAAUAAAGAUAAUUUAUAUUUUUGGCAAUUAUUUAAAACAAAAUCUACUAAAUGAACGUAUAUGUGCUAAAUAGAAACAGAACUUAUGUAAUUGAAAAAUAAAUAUAUAUAUAUACUUAUAUAAUAUAACAUAAUAUAAUUGGAAUUUGAAUUUGAAUAGU